AUGAAUACCGAAGAUAAUCUUUCGACUGAAUUCAGUCCAAAAACCGAAACCAUUGAUAAAGAUCAACGUCGUUUAUCGUUACUUAAUGAUUCUAAUUAUGGAAUAGUUCUUUGUUUUCUUGAAAAAUUUCGAUCUAUACUCGAUUUACCAAAUUAUUCAUUACAACGUUUUGAAGAUCAUCUUAUUAAUUAUGAAGAACGAAAUUCCGUUCCAGCACGUCUUAUUGAUUUUCAUUUUAUUCUUCUUAAACGAUUAUCAUUAGCUAAAAAUACUCAACGAGAAAAAUUUGAUCCUAUAAUUACUAAAUUUGCUUCUCGAUUUGAUUAUAAUGAUAGUGAUCGUUUAUCAUCAGUAGGUUAUUUACAAGCAGAAAUUAAUGUUAAAAUUCGAAUUUUAAAAAAUUUACUUGAAAGUCAAUUUGAUUUAAAUCAAACAUUUAAAAAUACGCUUGUUGAUAAAACAGCAAGAGAUAUUAAAUCAACACCGUUAGGUCGUGACCGUUUUGGAGUUUCCUAUUGGCUUUUUAUGGAUACUGAUUGUUUUGUACGUUUGUUUCGUGAAGAUGUUGAUAUUGAUAGAGCAUGGACUAAUGUUGCUAAAGAUCGAAAUGAAUUCGAAAAUUUUAUAAAAUUAUUAAUUACGGAUUCUGUUGUUCGAAAAAAAUUUUCCGGUGAGAUACAUCAUAAACAACAGGACUGGAAGAUUGAUUAUGAGCCGUUUUCUUCUUUAUCACCUUCAGAUGAAUUUGAAAAAUGUUAUUUGCCUCCUGUUAUAGAUAUGAAAGAAGACGAUAUUGAACCAAUAUUGGAUGAAGAUGACAAACAAGAUGAAUCAAUAAAGAAAAAACGUAGACGACCAAAAAGUUCAUUUAAGUCAAUAAAAAAUGAAAAAUGUCAAAUUGAAAUGGAAAUAAAACAUGAAGAAGAAAUCGAACCAAUAUCAACGGACGAUGAAAAACCUGAUAUUCAAAUAAAACGAAAACGUGGACGACCAAAAGGUUCAAUAAAAUCAUUAAAAAAAGAAAUACAACAAAAGGAAGAAGAGAAAGUCGAACCAAUGUCACAUGAUGAUAAAAAACCUAAUGAACCAAUAAAAAAGAAACGUGGACGACCAAAAGGUUCAAUAAAGUCAUUAACCAAGGAAAAAAGUCAAGUAGAUGUUGAAAUCAAAGAAGAAAAACUCGAAGUUGAAUCAAUACUCAAUCAUGAAACAAAUGAUAUAUUAAUAAAAGCAAAAGUUGGACGAUCAAAGAGUCUAACAAAACAAAUCGACAUGGAUAUAAAAGAAGAAAACAAUGAAUUUACACCAAUGGAAGAUGAAAAAUCUGAAGAAUCAAUCAAGAAAAAGCGUGGACGACCCAGAGGUUCAGUAAAAUCAUUACACAAUACAAAAAAUCAAAUCGAAUUGGAAAUUAGAAAUGAACCAAAAGAAGAAGUUAUAACACCAGCUCGUCGAGGUAGAAAACGUAAAAUUAUUGCUGAAGAUAAUAGUAAUGAUGAAAGUUCUGAAAUCGAAGACAAUGAUAAGCAAAAUGAAGAAUCAUUUACUGACGAUGCAAGCCUUUCUGUACGUCGAUCAUCACGACCACGAAAAACGCCAACAAUGGAACCGACAUCUGUUUCGUCUUCAAAAACUAUGUCACAGGCUCCUAUGGGUAAAAGAAAACGUUCAAUGAAUGGUAAAACAAAAAUUUCCAAUGAUUUUUCAACAACUUCAACAACGCAUAAUAAAUCUGGUCGUUCUCGUCGUCGACGUAAAACAACAUCUCGACGAAAUAUAAAUGAUGAAUUUUGUUUUUCAAGUUCAAGUUCAGAUGAACAUAUUGAUUAUCUAUCCGAUGAUGAAUAUGAUUCUGAUGAUUAUCUUCCUAAUCCAACUGCAAUUGAACAUGAUGAAAAUUUCUUUGAACUCGAUGAAGAUAAUCAUACAGUAGGUGAAGAAUUACGUACAGCAAAAACUGCACAAGCAUCAACAAUAAUAACAAUUUGUAAAAUAUGUUUAAAAAAUGAUCGUCCAGAAGUUUUAUUAUUAUGUGAUGAUUGUGAUGAUGCUUAUCAUAUUGAAUGUUUACGUCCAAUACUUUUAUCUGUACCCGAUGGUGAUUGGUAUUGUCCAUUAUGUGAACAUAAAAAAUUAUCAAAUCAUUUAAUUGAAAAAUUAAAAGAAUUAUUAAUUAAUUUUAAUAUUAUUGAAACAAAACGUUUAGAAUAUGAUAUUAAAAAAAAUGUUGAACGAAAAAUUAAAACAAAAGAAUAUACAAGUGAUGAAAGUAUAACUGCAUCUGAAUCUGAACAUGAAAAUCUCGAAAAUAAUCUUCAUGCUGAUGAAUCAAUGUUAUCAAUAAGUCAAACAAAUGAAAAUAGUAAUAUAUCAUCAUCAUAUAUUGAUGAUUCAAAUAAAAAUAUCAGUCAACGUGGUCGACGUCGACGUACACGUUUUGAUAUGAAUAAAAUGCUUAAUAAUGAUGAUGAAUCUGAUGUUGAUAAUGAUUCUAAUGUUGAUGAUGAUGAUGAAUAUAUUGAAAAUACAACACAAAUAACAAAUUUUGAUUUACAAAUACCAAAAAAAAUGACACGUUUACUUAAUCCACGUUAUCGUCCAAUAAUAAGAAAUGAUCAACGAUUAAAACCAAGACCUAUUGCACCACGUUUAUAUCAUACAUCAACUGAUUUAAAUGAAAAAUAUAAUUCAUCAUUAAUUUAUAGUAAUGGUUAUAUAAAUUCUCAUGAAAUAAAACCUAUGAUAACAAAUUCAAAUCAAACAUUAAAAAUUGUACGCCGAUGGAAUGAUGUACAACGACGUAAUAAACUUCGAGUAAAUAAUAAUCUAAGAUCAAUAAAUGAAACAACAUCUGAUUGUGCUGAUGAAAAUUCUGUAUUUUGUCCUGAUGAUGCAUCACCACCACGUUCAAAUGAAAGUCAUACAAAUAAUGAUAAUAAAGAAGAAGAUUAUACUAUAAUUCGAUCAAAAAUAACAUUAGUUCAACCAGCUAAUUUAUUACCAAUGUAUAAAAGUUCAACAAAAAAUAUUGUUACAAAAAAUGAAGUCAAUUUUGAUCGACUCACUCGUGAUAUACAAUAUGCAGUGAGUGAAGCAAAUACUUUAUCAACUACACCUAAAGCUAUAGAUCAACAACAAGUUAAACGAAUUCAAAAAACAAAUUUUUCGCCAUAUUUAACUAAAGUUUCACUGCGUCCACUUCCACUACUUUUACCAAAACCGGCUGGUAUUGGUUAUAAAAUUUUUAAAUCUAAAGAUCCGCCUACAGCUACAAUGACGACUGCCGAUCUUUCGAAUAUUAUUCUUACACCUUCAUCAUCAUCUUCUUUACUUGAUGCAAAUGAUGAACAAUCGACAUCGACAAUGAAUACUUAA